AUGACAGAAAGCAAGGCUAAACAGGCUGCUCAACAGCUUACCGCUGGAGGACUCGCCGGCGUUGUUGAAGUUAGUCUGAUGCAUCCGUUGGAUUUGAUUAAAACCAGAUUUCAAAUCCAAGGUGCUGCAAAUGACCCAACAGCGUACAAAUCACUGGCGGACUGCUUCCGAACUAUUUACCGGUCGGAGGGGAUCGCCUCUUUCUACAAGGGUAUCUUGCCGCCAAUUAUGGCCGAAGCACCCAAGAGAGCUGUCAAGUUUUUCACCUUUGAACAAUACAAGAAAAUAUUCCUUUUUGGAGCAGUGGAGCCGAACGCCCUGACGUUUACUUUAGCAGGACUUGGUGCAGGUCUAACAGAAGCAUUUGUUACCAACCCAUUUGAAGUUGUCAAGGUUAAACUGCAAGCUGAAAGGGCAACCGUUCUAGCAGAG